AAAACUCGAUUGACUUCCUCCUAAAACACAGGACCUCCCAAAUAAACCAAAAAACCGCCAUUUCAUUUUCUUCCAUUCUCUCUCAAAUUUCUCUCUCCUAAUAUUCGCGUAAGAUUUAGAAAAAAAGUUGCGCUUUUUCGAAUCGUAUGAGCAUAAUUCGGCGGUGGCGUGGAUUUAAUUCUCAGGCGAAGAUUAUAAUGGCGGAGGAAUUAAGGUCGACCGCCGCUGCUACCGCCACCGCAACUGGUGUCGCAAACGCUGCUCAAACGACGUCGUCAGGUGGUGGUAAAAAGUGGACGUGGCCUUCUCUCCUCCGUUGGAUUCCUACCUCUACUGAUCAUAUCAUCGCCUCUGAGAAACGCCUUCUUUCUUUGAUCAAGACUCCUUUUGUGGUAGAACAAGUGAAUAUAGGUUCCGGUCCGCCUGGUUCUAAGAUUAGGUGGUUUCGUUCGGCAAGUGAUGAGCCCAGGUUUAUAAAUACGGUUACGUUCGAUAGCAAAGUUGAUGAUUCCCCGACCAUUGUUAUGGUUCAUGGAUAUGGUGCUUCUCAAGGUUUCUUUUUCCGGAAUUUUGAUGCCCUGGCCCGUCGAUUUAGGGUUAUUGCUAUUGAUCAACUUGGUUGGGGUGGAUCUAGCAGGCCUGACUUUACAUGCAAAAGCACUGAAGAAACUGAAGCAUGGUUUAUUGACUCUUUCGAGGCAUGGCGUAAAGCCAAAAAUCUCGAUAGCUUCAUUCUUCUUGGGCAUUCUUUUGGUGGUUAUGUUGCUGCUAAAUAUGCUCUCAAGCAUCCUGAGCAUGUUCAGCACUUGAUUUUGGUUGGAUCAGCGGGUUUUUCUGCAGAUACAGAUAUGUCAGAGCGCCUGACUGAGUUUAGAGCAACAUGGAAAGGAGCUGUCCUGAACCAUCUUUGGGAAUCCAACUUUACUCCUCAAAAGAUUGUGAGAGGGCUAGGUCCAUGGGGGCCAAAUCUAGUCCGUAAAUAUACAAGUGCCAGGUUUGGUUCGUAUGCAUCUGGCGAAUUGUUGAACGAAGAAGAAUCAAAAUUAUUGACUGAUUAUAUAUACCACACACUAGCAGCCAAAGGCAGUGGGGAGCUGUGUCUAAAAUACAUAUUCUCAUUUGGAGCAUUUGCUCGGAAACCGCUUCUACACAGUUCAUCAGAAUGGAAAGUACCUACCACUUUUAUCUAUGGUAAAGAAGAUUGGAUGAACUACCAAGGGGCUCAAGAAGCCCGUAAGAAUAUGAAAGUUCCCUGUGAAAUCAUUAGGGUUCCUCAGGGUGGGCAUUUCGUAUUCAUCGACAACCCAAGCGGGUUCCAUUCGGCUGUGUUUCAUGCUUGCCGUAGAUUUAUUUCACCAAACCCUGAUAUUGAGUCCCUUCCAGAAGGCCUAAUCUCUGCUUAGCUCAAACUGUAUGUUGUAACUUAAUCUCUUCAAUGUGAUACUACCAAAGUUCCAUCACUUGCCUGUAUACUUUUUUUUUUUUUUUUUUUCUUCUUUGCUCUGUUACAGUGGGAUGCCAUGGAGAUGUAACAUACAUUAUUCUCUUGUUGCUCCCUUAUUUUUUUUCCUUUGGUGGCUGUCAUCUAAUAGUUUAUUCUCAAUGCCUUAUCGUGAAUAAUAAUAAAAAAUGCGUAGGUCAUGGUUUACUCA